ACUCAAUACAAUUAAUUUUAUAUAACUUAAAGGGGUUAUCACGCUAGUAUAAUAUAGAAAUGAAUUUGAAUUUUAUUUUAAUCACAGCCAUUAUUUUAAAGUUUAAUUUUGAUAAUCAGGUCUACGUGGAGUUUUGUUUUUGGAGGAUGGCCACAAAAAAUUAGUUUCGCGAUAAUUUUUUUGAAGCAGUGCGUUUUUGUAAUUUAAAAAUGAAUUUCUACUAUAAUUGCUUAGAUUAUGUAAAAUAUUUGCAUUAAAAAUUGUUUGUAUUAUAAGUAACUUCUUUAACUGGAUUUAUUUUGGAUACAAUUCCUAGACUAUAACUAUACAUAUUGACUGAGGAAAGCUCUAAACCAAUAUAGUGCUUCAAUAGUGAACUGUUCAGAAUAAUGACCAAAUUGGCCAGCACUAGACGUGCACGCAACCAGGCUUCGUCUCUUGCUAUACCUCGUCAGAACUCAUUAACUGACAAUGGCAAGACACGCCAGAAUCUAAGUCCGGAGACAUUGGGGUCUAUGAACAAGGAGCAACUCAGAGUGGAAUGCAGGAAAAGAGGCCAACGGACAUCAGGCAACAAAAAUGAACUGCUCGCCCGUCUCGGGUACUACAAGCUGGCGGCGCAAGAGCAAGUAAAGACGGAGCAGCGGACGCGCAACGGGUUGCACCAGAUCCAUCCGAAAGAAAUCAAAAGUAAAGUGGUACCAAUGGACACAGAGGGUCUGGUGCUAUGGCGGAAACCUUUCAUAACGCUCGAAUAUUUCUUUCGAGAACUAUUUAUAUUAUGCUCCACUGGACUUAAAAGAUUAUUAGCGUACAAAUUACUAGCGUUAGCAACAAUAGUGCUGAUCUCAGGCACGGCUGUGUCGUAUUAUAUAAGUGGACCCCACCAACCGUAUGUACAGGAAGUAGUAGUAACGCUGGCUUGGUGGGGCUGGUGGGUGAUACUGGGCGUGUGCAGCUCCGUGGGGCUCGGCACGGGGCUGCACACGUUCCUGCUGUACCUGGGCCCGCACAUCGCGCGCGUCACGCUCGCCGCCUACGAGUGCGGCAGCCUAGACUUCCCCGAGCCGCCUUAUCCUAAUGACAUAAUAUGUCCGUCAGAGAUCGCCGCAGGCAGCGUAGUGUCGAUAUGGAGCAUCAUGGCGAAGGUGCGCGUGGAGUCGAUGAUGUGGGGCAUGGGCACGGCGCUAGGCGAGCUGCCGCCCUACUUCAUGGCGCGGGCGGCGCGCCUCUCCGGCGGCAGCGUCGCUGAGCUGGCGGAGAAGGACGACUCCCGGACUGGCAGGGCAAAAGUAAUGAUCCAAAAGCUAGUCCAAAAAGUGGGUUUCGCGGGUAUCCUUGCUUGUGCGUCAAUCCCUAACCCGUUGUUUGACCUGGCCGGUCUCACGUGCGGGCAUUUCUUGGUGCCUUUCUGGACAUUCUUCGGAGCCACGCUGCUUGGGAAGGCCGUCAUCAAAAUGCACAUACAGAAAAUGUUUGUCAUUAUCGCUUUCAACGAAAGCCUUGUUGGGCAAGCCCUUACAUGGGUGGAAAGGAUACCCUACAUCGGACCUAAACUAGAAGCACCAUUACUAGAAUUUUUGCGCAACCAAAAAGCGCGUCUACAUAAAAAAGAUUCCAAUAUGCCCGAAAACCAAGGGUCCAUACUAUCGAGCCUUUUAGAAAAGUUCGUAUUGGCCAUGGUUCUAUACUUCGUGGUGUCGAUAGUGAACGCUUUGGCGCAGAACUACAGUAAACGAGCGGGCAAAAAGAAGGGCAAGAAGAAGGAAUAGGGUACGAAAACGCCGGGCGAUGCGCACUGUGGUCUCGCGCGGCGACGUACAACGCGAAGGCGCGCGCGGUAGUACUGUGCAACAGCGAGUCACCGCGAGAUGCCUUACCACCAACCUGUCCAUGGAGUCGUUGCUUAUUAGCCAGUAAACUAUAAUAAGUGUGUUUACCAUUAAGCUGCAGACACAUUACUGUGUUGUGGUGGGUCUCAAUCAAUGCGGCGCGACGAUCUACCAAUCUUUUAUUUUUAAAGAAUAUGUUAAUUAAAAGAACAUGUUAAUCAAAACUAAUAUUCCUCUUUCCCCUCCAACUAAGCGUAAAGCUUGUGCUAUGAGUAGGUACGACAAUAGUGCAACGGGUUUGAACCUUCCAGAUUUCAGUCCGCUCCUAUCCCAAUCUGUCGUGUACCAGACUUGUCUGUUGCCACAGACUAGUAAAGACGUCUAGACAAACCAAUUCGGCAGGGUUACAUGGGUGAGACACGGGAGUGAUUAAACUGACUGACUGGCAGAACAAAUUUAAAUUUGUUUUGCUUUAGUGAAUCAGUCGUCUGGGGAUGUAGAU